CUGCGAGGUAUAAAGAACGGUUUGGUUAACGAUCACGUUCUUGUUUGUGUCUUCAACCCAUUGGCACACCGGACUAAAACUAUGUCUGUGUGCUGUUGCAGUACACGAUGGAGAGAGGGGUGGUCCAUGCGUGCCAUGCUGGAGGAUUGGUUCAUAUGUUGGAAGGUUGGGAACAUCAUGAAGUUGGAGCGAUUGAUGUUGACCGUAUUGAUAUUGUGUGGGAAGCAGCCAUGAGAAACGGCCUUAGCUCUGUUUCUUCACUCAGUGAGUGAGUGUGAGAGACCCUCAUGAUUGUUGUCUCAGAUUCUUCUAAGAUUGGCCAUUCUUUGUACAGAUGAAGGAUGCAAGCAGGGAAAAAAGUAUUAGAAUUUCACCUUAAGUUAUUGUUUCACCUUUGAUUAAAGAUACCUAAUUUGCAUUAGCAUAUGAAUGUUGUACUAAACAGAGUAAAAUUAAUUAUCACUGCAUACAGUUAGCAUUUAUUUGCUGUAAGAAUUUUAGUUUCAGGCCAAAAUGAUUUUAACUUUUUUUUUUAGUUUCACAGAAAAAACAAUUUUGCUCAAUAUAUUGUUUUAAAAUUAUUUGAAUAUCGUUGCAAAGUUAAAUAACACAUUUUGGAUCCUAGUUGGCAAUUAUAAUUUUAUGGGGUUUUAACUCUUUCAAGUUCAACGAACUAAAAUCUCAGCCAAAAAUCUCUAUCCCUUUCAUUGACGACUCUAAAGACUGAAAGGACGUGGUGCAAUUGGCGUGAGUAUAAAACAAAGGAGAUGUUACUGUUACAAAUAACUGAAUGAUCGUUGCAACACAGAGACGAAAGUUGACAUGUUGUUGACGCAUACAAGAAAUAUGAUGUGGCAAUUGGUAUAGCUUGGAGAAGAAACAUGGAAUAUAUUUCUAUUGGUAGAAUCUCCUAUAUUUUAUGAAAUUAACACGUGAGACAACUUAAGGCCGUUAGGGUUUAGGCUGGCAUGCCUUUGGUUAUAAAUAGGCCGUGGCAGUGACCAAAAGAUAUGUGCAUAAUAUACACAUGGAUAUGGAUUUGUGUGGUGUCGUCCCACCAAACAGAUAACAAGAUCUAUUGGUGGUUUAGUUGAAUAGAAUUAUGUUGGGCGGAAAAAAAAAGUUGUAGUUUCUCUAAUAAUUUUAUAAAUCUAAAUAAGAGUAUAAUUGCUGAUAACAUCUUCUUUAGUAAAUGAAUUUUGGACGUGGUAUCGGGAUGUAGUAAACGGACUCCAUUAACGUGUACUUUAUUCUAUGUACUUACAUACUUGUACAUGAACAUACUUGAAUAAGAACAUAUAGACUAUCCACGAAUCUGAACUUUCAAAGAGAACUCCACCACCACCGGUUUUCUCUCUCUCCAGACAAAGCAACAUAUUUUUCUCAGGAUUGCUUGAAAACUGGAGAUCUUUAAGGUUAUAAAUCAAGAUUUGAGAGAGAGAGAAAGAGAGAGAGAGAGAGAGAGGUAACCAUAAGGAUUUGAGAGAGAAGAAGAAUGGUUACUCUAUCAGCUUGGCCUUGGGGAAACUAUGGCAAUCUAAAGUAUCUUCUGUACGCUCCAUUAGCUGCACAAGUAGCGUAUUCGUUAGCAUACCAAGAAGAUUACUCGAGGGCUUUUUGGUGUCUCAAUAUCCUCAUCAUCUGUGGACUUAAAGGCCUCGUACAUGUCUUUUGGAGCGUAUACAACAACAUGCUUUGGGUGAGUCGUACACUAAGGAUUAACCCUAAAGGUGUUGACUUCAAACAGAUUGAUCACGAAUGGGACUGGGACAAUUACAUACUUCUGCAAGCAAUACUAGCUACCAUGAUCUGUUACAUGUCUCCUCCGUUGAUGAUGAUUAACAGUACUAUCCCUCUGGCCAUCCCUCUGUGGAACACGAAAGGACUCAUCGUCUUGCUUGUGCUACACGUUACCUUCUCAGAGCCUUUAUACUACUUUCUUCAUAGAUAUGUUCAUCGUAACAACUACCUCUUCACCAACUACCACUCUUUCCACCACUCAUCUCCUGUUCCAAAUCCCAUGACUGCUAAUAAUGCGACGUUAUUGGAAAGCCUUCUCCUCUGUGUAGUAGCUGGAGUUCCUUUGAUUGGUUCUUGCUUGUUAGGUGUUGGAUCAGUAAGCUUGAUCUACGGAUACGCUAUUAUGUUUGACUUCCUAAGAUGUUUAGGACAUUGUAACGUUGAGAUAUUCUCUCACAAGCUGUUCGAGACUCUUCCAAUCCUACGAUAUCUCAUCUACACUCCAACGUACCAUAGUCUGCAUCAUCAAGACAUGGAGACCAACUUUUGUCUCUUCAUGCCUAUCUUUGAUGUUUUAGGCAACACACUAAACCCAAACUCGUGGGAACUCCAGAAGAAGAUUCGUUUAGCUGCAGGGGAAAAGAAGAGAGUGCCGGAGUUUGUGUUCUUGGCUCAUGGGGUAGAUGUGAUGUCAGUGAUGCACGCACCGUUUGUGUUUAGAUCGUUUGGUUCAAUUCCAUACACCAUGAGGUUCUUCUUGCUGCCGAUGUGGCCAGUCACGUUCAUGGUAAUGUUAGGCAUGUGGGUUCGGUCAAAAACAUUUCUUUUCACCUUCUAUGCCCUCAGGAACCAUCUUUGCCAGACUUGGGCCGUUCCAAGACUUGGCUUCCACUACUUCUUACCGUUUGCUAAACAAGGCAUUAAUAAUCAUAUAGAGGCGGCAAUUUUGAGAGCUGAUAAGCUUGGUGUUAAAGUUAUAAGCUUGGCUGCUCUGAACAAGAACGAAGCUUUAAAUGGUGGUGGAACGUUGUUUGUUAACAAGCACCCUGACCUUAGAGUUCGUGUGGUCCACGGCAACACUUUAACCGCAGCAGUGAUUCUCAAUGGAGUUCCAAAAGAUGUGAAAGAGGUGUUCUUGAUAGGAGCCACUUCUAAGCUAGGACGAGCCAUCGCUCUUUACCUCUGUCGUCGGGGAGUGAGAGUUCUUAUGUUGACAUUAUCGGUGGAGAGAUUCGAAAAGAUUCAGAAAGAAGCUCCUUCUGAGUUCCAGAAGUACCUCGUACAAGUGACCAAAUACAACUCUGCCCAACACUGCAAGACUUGGAUCGUUGGGAAAUGGUUAACGCCGAGGGAGCAGAGUUGGGCUCCUGCAGGAACGCAUUUCCACCAGUUUGUGGUGCCACCAAUCCUCAAGUUUAGAAGGAAUUGUACUUACGACGAACUAGCAGCAAUGAGGCUCCCAAAGGACGUUCAAGGACUCGGAACUUGUGAGUACACGAUGGACAGAGGGGUGGUCCAUGCGUGCCAUGCUGGAGGAUUGGUUCAUAUGCUGGAGGGUUGGGAGCAUCAUGAGGUUGGAGCCAUUGACGUUGACCGUAUUGAUCUGGUGUGGGAAGCAGCCAUGAGACACGGUCUUAGCUCUGUAUCUUCACUCACAGAUUGAGUGGGAGAUACCCUUUUGGUAUUGUCUUUGAUUCUUCCAAGAUUGGCCAUUCUUUGUACAGGUGAAAAAUGCAAGCAUGGAAAACAAGUUGAAUUUCACCUUAUGUUAUUGAUUCACCUUUAAAAAAAAUGUAUUUUAUGUUCCACUGAAAUAGAUGUUUUACAAUUUUCACACACUUCAAAAAAAGUUUGUCAUACCAAAAA